AGGAAAUUGCCAAGCCUAGUUCACACACAGAGAGGCCAGUAUGUGUGGCAGUGUGGGUGGGUGUGGCUGAGCUUUGCAAUCGACUGGAAUAUCAAAAUGGCGAAGAAGCGAGAUCAGCGAUCCGGCACGAGUUCGGGUCGAGGUGAAAACCGAAUCCACUCAUCUUCCAGGCAACUCGAGCGAGCUAAUUCAGCUCCUGAUGGCAGCAAACUAGUAAUCUUGUUCUUCUUCUUCUUCUUCGUGUCCUCCGUCAUUGCCGUGGUCGUUUACCGCUUGAGAGAAUCUUCUUCUUCUUCUUCUUCUUCUUCUUCUUCGCAUAAGGGAUCAUAUGUUUAUUCACGAGGCCUCGUCACAGCGGAUGUCAACUACCGCGAUGUUCUCUCUGAGAACUCCAAAGCGUCGCAAAAUAUUUCUCAGCGCCAUUAUACUUAUCCCGUGCUUGCUUACAUUACUCCCUGGAAUUCUCAUGGUUAUGAAAUGGCCAAAAGGUUCAACUCUAAGUUUACGCAUUUAUCGCCUGUCUGGUAUGAAUUAAAGAGCGAACAGACUAAUUUGGUUCUGGAGGGGAGACAUAAUGUUGACAGAGGAUGGAUCUCAGAUCUUAAAAAGGCGGGAGAAGCUUUGAUCUUGCCAAGAGUUGUUCUGGAAGCAUCUCCAGCAGAAUUGCUGAAGAAGAAACAAAGGAACAAAGCUAUUAAUAUCAUAGUAACAGAGUGCAAAGAAAUGGGAUAUGAUGGUAUUGUCUUGGAAUCAUGGUCAAGGUGGGCAGCCUAUGGUAUCUUGCAUGAUCCAAGCAUACGGAAUUUGGCACUGCAGUUUGUAAAACAGCUUGGAGAGACACUGCAUUCUACAAGCUCGCACAGAAAUAAUGAGCAGCGGCUGCAGUUGAUAUAUGUUAUAGGUCCACCAUCUUCUGAGAAGCUGCAAGAGCAUGACUUUGGUCCAAAAGAUCUUGAGACUUUAAGUGAAGCUGUAGAUGGAUUCUCGUUAAUGACAUAUGACUUCUCGAAUCCUCAUAACCCAGGACCUAAUGCACCAUUGAAGUGGAUUCAAUUUGUUCUACGGCUGCUGCUUGGCAACUCCGGCAGUAGAUCAAAAAGCCUUGCCUCCAAGAUACUUCUAGGCAUCAACUUCUAUGGAAAUGAUUUCUCCCUUUCAAGGGAUUCAGGUGGGGGUGGCGGAGCAAUUAUUGGAAGGGAUUACCUGGCACUGUUGGAAAAGCACAGGCCUGAUUUACAGUGGGAUAAGAACAGUGGGGAGCACUUUUUCUUUUACGCUGAUGACAGAGAUAUCAGGCAUGCCGUAUUUUACCCAUCUUUGAAGUCAAUUUCUUUGCGGUUAGAGGAAGCACGUUCAUGGGGUUGUGGUAUCUCCAUCUGGGAAAUUGGUCAAGGUUUGGAUUAUUUUUUUGACCUUCUGUAAGAGUCCAUGUAUGCCUAAUACUUGUGUUCAGGUUUAAUCGUUUAUUCAGAGUUAAUAGGUAGCUGUUACUGUUAGUUCUGUAGAUUAGAACCUACUUCAAUGCAUGUUCUAGUAUUCAAAAUUACAAGACUAUCCUUUUUAAAUUGUACUUAAAUUGGCCAAAUAUCUUUUUUCAAUUA